AGCGAGCCAAGAAUAUAAUUAAGAUUAAUUAAUCUUAUGCUUCAUCUUAGCUGGUAUAUAUUUCCCAUCCACCGGAAGUAAUCCUCUUAAUAGUAGUCUCCACUAUACUAUUCUCUCCCCGCCGGCCGGCCGGCCGGAAAAUCAAGAAAUCAAUUAUCAAACGUGAAAUUGUUGAAGUCCCACACCGAGAAAUUGUGAAAUAAUAUAGUGCUACCCCAAACACAAACCCAUCAGCCAUCAUGAUGUACAAUGAAAUAUCCCACUUCAGCCACCCCAACCACAAGAUGAAGUUCGAGUACUCCGAGCUGCCGUUCAAGUGCGACGGCUGCAACGAGGCGGGGAUCGGGUCGCGGUACAAGUGCUCCGCCGCAUGCGACUACGACCUCCACACGCAUUGCGCCGUCCCGUCGUUGACCAUCGCCCACCCUUUCUACACCAAGUGCUCCUUCCAGUUCCUCGCUCAGCCGCCGGGAUGCGAGCCGAGGUACUGCAACGCCUGCGAGAAGGGCAUUACCGGGUUUCUUUACCACUGUAGUUCUUGCGGCUUUGAUCUCCAUCCUUGCUGCGCUAAGCUGCCCAUGGUGCUUCAUGACGGAGAGGUUAAGCUUUACUUGUACCGCAAGGUGAGCGCAUCGUGCCACCGGUGUGGAAGAAAGGGGCGGAGCUGGAGCUACCGGACGGCAUGCAAGAAGUACAACCUGCACGUUGCAUGCGUGAAGGAGAUGCUGGUGGAUAGCUGGCAUCAGAUUUAUUCCGGCCGGAGAUCAUCUGGGAACUCUUAUUAUGAUGAAAGUGGGAGUAGAAAACUGGAGACGACGGCUGCCGGCGGGGAAAUCCCGAGCCUGAAGGGAACUUUGCAGACAUAUCACAGGAAGAGCAAAGGGAAGAAAGUGGCGAGAUGUUGUGAGAUGGCUGUUCUUGCUCUCCAGUUUGUCAUUUCUGCUGUUCUGGGAGACCCUACUACUCUCAUUGCUGGUGUUGUUGCUUCACUCAUGUCUAAAUGAAUCCAAACAAGUCAAAUCGAUCUUAAUAAGUUUAAGUUUUCAUUUGUGUUGCAUGCAUGUUCUUUGUGUAGUUUUAAUGCAUGAAUUGCACGUAUUUCUCUUACAUCUAGGGAUGGCAAUUUAACCCAACCCGAUGGAUACCCGCACCGAACUGAACCGGUUAAAAUGGGGCAAACCGCUUUGACUGGGUAACGGGUACAAGGCGGGGAAUACCCGAUUUAUGUAAACGGGUAAUGGGGCGGUUAUGGUUUUACACCUAUCCAUUACCCGCCCCGUUUAAUCUGGAUACAGUUACUCGCACCAUUACCCGACCCGCACAAUUAACUUAUACAGAGUAAUUUUUUAAUGGAUUAUGUACUACGUAUUUAUUAUUUAAUACAGGUGAAAUUUAUAAGAAU